AUGGCAAAGAAACAGAAUGAGGUUUCACAAUACCUGACGGAUAUGGGUGCACCGAAGACUCCGAAGCGACGACGAAACUCGAGUCAGUUGACCAGAGACGAAACCGAGAGUCCAGCUUCCAAAAGCAAGAACUAUGACACCAAAGAGAAGGAAACCGCGAAGAAGAAGGACAAAAAGAAGGUGGGUUUUGAUAUGUUGUAGCUACACAAUUGUAGGUAAUAAGGUAGAAAAGAGAAAGUUAUUAAGUCAAAAGUUAUAUGAUGUUAGCCAUUUAGAGCUAUUUUCCCCUAUUUUUUAAUUAAGAACGAUUUUUGACCAUUUUAUGACAAAAGACAUGAUGAACUUGCUAUCACCUUACUUUCAGAACAAAAAGUCAGGAAAGAAACCGACCCGCACUUACUUGGAUAACGCCAACAAUGACGAUCCUACUGAUAUGGACCCAGCUGAAACUCCUAAAGAAGACAAGAAAAAAGAAUUCACCUCUGCCAUGUCUGAAGCCCAGCCUUCUGCUUACGUUAUGGGAGAUCCACGUGUCACAUUUGUCAUGGCUUUUGCCAAAAAUGGAGUUCGGAAAGUGAUGCAUGAGUUUGUUACGGUAUGUAAAGUUAGAGGUCUUGCAACAGGCUUUAGAAUUCUGUAACUUGGUUGUUUUACAAAUAAUUAAGCACAAUGUAAACUAAGUAUCUUGUGAACCUAUUAACAGCAAAAGAUAUACUUUUAACACCGACAUCUUAUAAAAAUGUCGGUUUAGCUACGCACCUACCAACCCAAAAACAUUUCGUUGAAAGCCUUUGAAAAGAACGCCACGAAGAAUCGGUACGCCGACGUAUCGUGCCUAGAUGCAUCCAGAGUGGUCCUAAAAGGUCAAGAAGAAGACUACAUUCAUGCCAAUCGUGUAUGCCCUCCAGGCAGCAAGGCCCAGAACUAUAUCUGCACUCAAGGCCCGAUGACUGACACUUGUGAUGACUUUUGGUUGAUGGUCCAACAAGAGAAGGCUUCGGUCAUCGUCAUGUUGUGCGACUUUGUUGAGGAAGAAACGGAAAAAUGUGCUUACUACUAUCCCAUGAAAGAAGGGGAAAGCCAGACCUACAACAAUAUCAAGGUGAAAUGCGAAAAGACUGGACCGGCAGACAUUGGGGCGGCUGUUUUGAGUCAGCUUGAGUUAGAAGGGCCGUAAGUUUGGUACACUUGAAAGAAAAAUUAUGGAAUUUUAUGACAUUAAAUAGUUUCUAUUUUCAGUUCAGAAACCUUAUCUAUCACGCAUAUUCGUUUGUCGGAUUGGCAAGAUCAUACAGCUCCAACUGACGCCAUUCCCAUCAUCAAGUUGAUCAAGUUGGCCAAGAAAAAAUGCGCUUCAGGGAAACCAAUUAUCGUUCAUUGUUCAGCUGGUAAAUUAUGGUGCUAUUGCCACUUUUUCUUUAAAAAAUUUCAAAAUUAGGCUUCAGAUUCAGGGUCAGGCAAAGAAGUUGGGCUUUGGGAGGGGAAGACAUUCAUAAAAUUGUUCAUUAAGGUUUACAGUACUAAUUACGUUCAAAAUUUAAAAUUUUAGGCAUUGGGCGCACCGGUACAUUCGUAGCCAUCGAUUAUGUUAAUGAGAAGCUAAAAGCAACUGAUGGGAAGGGCACCAUGCUUGAAGUAAGUACUACAACAUCAAGCUUAUGAAGUUUAGUAUUCCCUAAAGCUUAUUAAACAAAAAUUUUUAGUUUGUGAAAGAGAUACGAAAACAACGAUUGCUUUCUGUCCAGUCAGCUCCACAGUACGUCUUCCUGCACUUGGCCGUCAUGAUAUCAAUGUUCCAGGACAAUCCUCAACUCGAAAAAACUCCACUUCACAAUCAAUUCAUUCAAGACUACGCCAAGUACCUGAAGAAACUGAAAGCAAAACUCGAGAAAAAGAAGAAAACUUGA